AUGCAGAUUUACUUCUACAAUCCUGAUGACUUUGACAGUUUUGGAACAGCAGUUCUAGAAAACAGAGUAGUAGGAGCCAUGGCUGUGUUUUUUCAAGUCAGUCAGAGGGACAAUUCAGCACUGGAUCCCAUUAUCCAUGGGUUGAAGGGCGUUGUACAUCAUGAGAAGGAGACCUUUCUGGAUCCCUUUGUGCUGAGGGAACUUCUGCCAACGUCUCUGGGGAGCUACUAYCGCUACACAGGAUCCCUGACUACUCCUCCCUGCAGCGAGAUCGUGGAGUGGAUCGUUUUUCGGAAGCCUGUGCCCAUUUCYUACCAUCAGCUGGAGGCAUUUUACUCCAUCUUCACCACUGAGCAGCAAGACCAUGUCAAGUCUGUGGAGUACCUGAGGAAUAACUUCCGACCACAGCAAAGCCUGAACAACAGGAAGAUAUCCAAAUCUGCUGUGAAGGAUGCUUGGAACCAAGACAUGAUGGACAUCUUGGACAAUCCACUUGGCACAGAAGCUUCCAAAGCUUGUAGCACUCCUCCAGUCAACAUGAAAGUGCAGCCUGUGAACAGGACAGCGCURCUGGUAACCUGGAACCAACCAGAAACCAUUUACCACCCUCCAAUCAUGAACUACAUGAUCUCGUACAGCUGGACUAAAAAUGAAGAUGAAAAGGAGAAGACUUUCACCAAGGAUAGUGACAAGGACCUGAAGGCCAUCAUUAGCCAUGUCUCACCUGACAUCCUUUAUCUGUUCAGAGUUCAAGCAGUUUGCCGAAAUGAAAUGCGUAGUGACUUUAGCCAGACUAUGCUCUUUCAAGCUAACACCACUCGAAUUUUCGAGGGGACCAGAAUUGUGAAGACAGGAGUGCCCACAGCAUCUCCUGCCUCCUCAGCCGACAUGGCUCCCAUCAGCUCCGGCUCCUCCACCUGGACCUCCUCGGGGCUCCCCUUCUCCUUCGUGUCCAUGGCCACAGGCAUGGGCCCUUCCUCCAGCGGCAGCCAGGCCACCGUGGCCUCCGUGGUGACCAGCACCUUGCUGGCAGGGCUGGGUUUCAGCGGCGGGGGCAUCUCGUCGUUCCCCAGCAGCGUGUGGCCCACRCGGCCGCCCGCCGCCGCCGCCCCCAGCAAACAGGCCGGGCGGGCCGUGGUGCCCACCACCGAGGCCACCGCCGCCUCCUCCGGGCCCGAGCGGGACUCGGCGCUGACCAAGGAUGGCGAGGGGGCCGAGGAGGGCGAGAAGGAUGAAAAGAGUGAAAGCGAGGAUGGGGAGCGGGAGCAUGAGGAGGAGGAAGAAAAGGACGCUGAAAAGAAGGAGAAAAGCAAGGCGACGGCGGCCACGGAGGCGCGCAAUAGCACGGAGCCCGGCGUGGCCGUGGCUUCCCCCAACAGGACUGCUGAGGAAGAAGGAAAUAAAACCAUAUCGGGAGAAGAGCCAAACCAAAACGUUGCCCCCACGGCUGGAGGYGCCGAGAAGGAGAGCUUUGCCGAAGCCGACACUCAGCCCCAGCCGCUCCCUUCCACCCAAGUGCCACCAGCGUUCACCGACGAACUGUACCUGGGCAAGAUCCCAAGAAGACCAGAGACAACACGAAAACCUCCAAAGGAGGCCAGGUUUCCAGAGGAAUAUCCUUCAGAUAACAAAUUCAUCACCAUUAACCCAGCUGGCAAGAAUAGCUCCAGCAUGGCCACGAGACCUUCUCCUGGUAAAAUGGAAUGGAUCAUCCCACUCAUUGUGGUCUCAGCAYUGACCUUCGUGUGCCUCAUUCUUCUCAUCGCUGUGCUUGUCUACUGGAGAAAGUGUUUUCAGACUGCUCAUUUCUAUGUGGAGGACAGCAGUUCCCCCCGUGUGGUCCCCAAUGAAAGUAUUCCCAUUAUACCUAUUCCAGAUGAUAUGGAAGCAAUUCCAGUCAAGCAGUUUGUUAAACACAUCAGUGAGCUGUAUUCUAAYAACCAGCAUGGGUUCUCGGAAGACUUUGAGGAAGUGCAGCGCUGUACGGCUGACAUGAACAUCACUGCAGAGCAUUCCAACCAUCCUGACAACAAGCACAAGAACAGAUACAUCAACAUCCUGGCCUAUGAUCACAGCAGGGUGAARCUAAGGCCUUUACCGGGGAAAGAUUCUAAGCACAGUGACUACAUUAAUGCUAAUUAUGUCGAUGGUUACAACAAAGCAAAAGCCUACAUUGCUACCCAGGGACCUUUAAAGUCUACCUUUGAAGACUUCUGGAGGAUGAUUUGGGAACAAAAYACUGGAAUCAUUGUCAUGAUCACGAACCUUGUUGAAAAAGGAAGAAGGAAAUGYGAUCAGUACUGGCCGACAGAGAACAGCGAGGAGUACGGCAACAUCAUCGUCACGCUGAAGAGCACAAAYGUCCACGCCUGCUACACCGUGCGCCGCUUCACCAUCAGGAACACCAAGAUGAAAAAGGGUCAGAAAGGGAACCCCAAAGGGCGGCAGAACGAGAGGACGGUCAUUCAGUACCACUACACGCAGUGGCCRGACAUGGGGGUGCCCGAGUACGCUCUGCCCGUGCUCACCUUCGUCAGGAGAUCCUCRGCAGCCAGAACCCCGGACAUGGGACCAGUGGUGGUGCACUGCAGUGCUGGUGUUGGCAGAACUGGUACCUACAUUGUGAUAGACAGUAUGCUGCAGCAGAUAAAAGAUAAAAGCACAGUUAAUGUCCUGGGUUUCCUGAAACAUAUCAGGACACAGCGCAACUACCUCGUCCAGACAGAGGAGCAGUACAUUUUUAUUCAUGAUGCCUUGUUGGAAGCCAUCCUCGGGAAGGAGACUGAAGUAUCUGCCAACCAGCUGCAUAGUUAUGUUAACAGCAUCCUCAUACCUGGCAUAGGAGGGAAGACACGACUAGAAAAACAGUUCAAGCUGGUUACACAGUGUAAUGCAAAAUACGUGGAAUGCUUCAGUGCUCAGAAAGACUGCAACAAAGAGAAGAACAGGAACUCAUCAGUCGUGCCAUCUGAGCGUGCUAGAGUGGGCUUGGCACCGCUGCCUGGAAUGAAGGGAACAGAUUACAUUAAUGCCUCUUAUAUCAUGGGCUACUACAGGAGUAACGAGUUCAUCAUAACCCAACAUCCACUGCCACACACGACUAAAGAUUUCUGGCGAAUGAUCUGGGAYCACAAUGCACAGAUCAUUGUCAUGCUGCCGGACAACCAGAGCCUGGCAGAAGAUGAGUUUGUGUACUGGCCAAGUCGUGAGGAAUCCAUGAACUGUGAGGCCUUUACUGUGACCCUUAUCAGCAAAGACAGACUGUGCCUCUCUAAUGAAGAGCAAAUUAUCAUCCAUGACUUUAUCCUUGAAGCUACCCAGGAUGACUACGUUCUGGAAGUKCGCCACUUUCAGUGUCCCAAAUGGCCAAACCCCGACGCUCCCAUAAGCAGUACCUUUGAACUUAUCAAUGUAAUCAAGGAAGAGGCCUUAACGAGGGAUGGCCCCACCAUAGUUCAUGAUGAGUAUGGAGCUGUGUCAGCGGGAACUCUAUGUGCCCUUACCACUCUGUCSCAGCAGCUGGAGAAUGAAAAUGCUGUCGAUGUUUUCCAGGUGGCAAAGAUGAUAAAUCUUAUGCGGCCUGGAGUAUUUACAGACAUUGAACAGUACCAGUUUCUUUAUAAGGCAAUGCUAAGCUUGGUCAGCACUAAGGAAAAUGGAAAYGGUCCCAUGACACUGGACAAAAAUGGUGCUGUGAUGGCCAGUGAUGAAUCUGAUCCCGCAGAAAGCAUGGAGUCUCUUGUCUAAUUGGAAACCUGAAAAGGCACUUAAUUUGUAGAACUUCUGAAGACUGAGUGAACUUUUUUGAGGCCUUUUUUGCCAGACUCUAGGUUAUACAAUAACCCAAUUACUUUUUUACACUGAUAAAAGUUUUGAUAUUUAUUUUUUGCCAUUUUAUGUCUUAAUGGUAUCCUACUGAGCAUUUGCACCUCUGUUUAUUUCACACAGUGAAACGCAAUUUUAUCUAGUUUGCACUAUAUGAUCAGUGUUACUGCCUAUAAUAUCCUAAUACAAGACAAGCCCUGAUGUGACAUUCCAUGACAACAAACAUACGCUUUUUCUGUUUUGUUUAAAUGCAGUGAAGUUUUGCUAACUACAGUGACCCUCGAAUCUUAAAUCUUGAAUGCUAGGCCAGAUGGAUUCUUUCUACAACUGAUACUGUACCCCUUCAUACCAUAUUUAUUAUUUAAUGAUCAUGUCACAGUUUUGGUAACGGUGUUCUGCAUUCCAGUGGAGUGGAUGAGCAGUGUUCAUCCUUUCUUGACAAAAUGUGGCAGGUGAUUAUUAGCUACAGUGAAGGUGUAACAGCCUUGUGGAGCUGAAACAAUUAUUUCUGUAUUGUUUCAAAUUGCUGUGUUGUACACUURCAGGCCUGAGACUUGCUUCACAUGGAAUAUAUAAAUUACGUAAUAUAAUUAUAAAUUAGAUGCAAUUAAUAUGUGGGACACGGUGAUAGGUUUUGGAUUUACAAUUUCAAUGUUUCCCCAUGUAUUCAGGAAAAUGUUGAUUUUGGCUUUUAACCUGCCCUGUGAUGGGAAAGUAUUUUGGUUUUAUUUUCAUCAGAGCCAAUACAGUGAGAAAUCUACUAAAACCCAAAAUCAGACUUGUUUUCAGCUAUAUUGAAGGUAGCAAUAUUUUACAUUACUAAGCUAUUCAAUAUUUUAAACACAUCUAAUUUCCUUACUAUUUCUUGAAUAUGACCUCACACCUAAUGGUAUGUUACAUGAUGACAGGCGUUUCUUAAUUUCAUAACUGUUAGAUGCCAUUUUUACAGGUGUGUAAUUUUCAUACUUUAGUGCUAAAACAUAAAGUACUGAUCCAUAUUUACUGGUGAAGCAAACUAAUAAAAAAAACUACCUAUAAAGCUACAUUCUCCCUCUUUUUUUUGCCAGACUAAUUCUUUAGCAUAAACCUAGCUUAUUGUAUUUUCCCUCCCACUCCAAUAAAAUGGUUUCCCCCAGAUUAUAUAAAUAAUUGAAUUAUUGUUUGGAGCAUUUAAGUUUACAUCCUCACUGGCUCCCUUUUCCUUUGUAUUUGGUUGCAAUUCMACAAGGUCCAUCCCUUUUUAACAAAAGAAGUAAUCACAUGCUUAAUUCUCCUGAAAAUUAAAGUUGUGUCCUUCAUAGCUUGGCUGAGUAGGGAGGGGUUAUUGAAUCUGGAAAAGGAAAUAUGUGAUUUCAGUCAUCCUGACCCUUGGUGUACAGUUAAAGGCACUAUCCCUUAUAUGUGGCAUUAGUUUCUUCACUUUUAAAUUUYGACUGCAGAAAAACAUGCAUUGUAAUUUUUCAGGACUUGUCAAAAUAUUACAGCAUCKUUUUUUCAUUUAAAUGUAAACCUAAUAAUUUCUGCCAGUCCGGUCACACUGAAUACAGACAUUUGGCAGGGUUCUGUAUUUUCACUCACAAGGAAGCUGAAUGCAAAUUGCUUUAAAGGAUAUUGAGAGUAGGUUCAGAACCUCUCAAGGUGCAAACUGAUACAGCCUCGCUGAGAGCAGAGGAGCUGUGCAAACUGGUAUGUGCUACCAUUUGGCCUUUUAUCUUAAUAUGAGAAGGAUUCAAAGGAUUCAUGGAUUCAUCAGCAACCUUUUACACAGUCACCUUUUACUUCUCAGUUUGUUGAAUCCCUCCAUACAAGCGAUCCCAGUAAUUGCUAAUGCCAGACAAUACAAGAAGCCCAUGGUUUCAAUAAGGAAAUCCCAUGUCCAGCAACAGCUAGUCCAAAUAAAAAAUGUGCAGAAUGUUUCAAAAGCCUCUAGUUUGCAUCCCCUUUGCACUGCAUGGAGGUGGGGGUCAGCUGAUUUCUGGCAGGAGUUAGGACUGGCUCUCCAGUCGCUACACCCCAGUAACAGAAUGUUUUACAUAAGUUUUCAAGGUGCUGCUGCCUGGAAGGUUUYGCUGAGCAGUUUUCUGGCCAGCUUGCAUCAGCCUCUGAGGCUGCCCAUGGCCCCAGUCCUGAACCUGGCUCCAGGCAAUGCCAGCUGGUGGCACAAAGGGRCUGCUGAGUUGGAUCAGUUCGAUCUAAAGUGUUUAAGUUCCUGGGGAGGUGUAGGGGGAAGUUAGGAAUUCAAACCCUGACAACUAAGUGACACAAAGAUUACUGCAGGCAUCAAGAGGGUUGGAUUUGUUCAGUACUUUCAGGUGAUUAUUUUUCAUUUCACUGGCAUGAUGGAAGAUAACUGUGGUUCAUGACACACUGCCUGAAUACCCUUGGUUUAAUCCCUUACCUUCUCACAAGUUUUAAACAUGAAUGAAUGAAGGCUGCGGGGGUUGAACUUUGGUAGAUGCUUUGGAAAUCCAUGCAUUUGCAUUGGCAUUUUCCAACACCUGAAAUGCUUGCUGGGGGUUCAAUCCAUGGGGAAAUAAUGUACACUGAUGUUCUGUGAGUUCUCCAUGGAGCAUUUCGUAAGGGGGCUCGAGCUGUAUGUUAAAUGUUGUGCUGACAGUCAGGUAGCUAAUAGAUGGUAGCGAUGCACGAGGCUCAAAGGGGUGAGGAUGGAAAUUGCUUGGGAAGGUCAGGAUUAAGCAGGCAGAAGAGCCAAAUCUAUCCUCCUGUAAGCACCUGCAGUUCUCUCUUACAUGGGUUUGCACCCUUUCCUUGCACUGAGUGUCAGAAGGAGCAAUGUCUGCUCCAAGAUGGGCACUGAUGAGCUCUGCUGAUGCUCCCACGAGCAUCUGGCCAAAGUCCUGCUCUGCAAAUCACCACCUUGCUUUUGGCACCCCAACCCCCCCGCUGUACCCACCUCCUGGCAUUCGGUCAGGAUGUCUUUCAAACAUCAAAGGUUCCCAAACAAUUGCAGGGUUGCAAAUUAAGAGAACCUGAGAACRUUCCUAUAUCACUGCAAAGUGUGGUCCUCAGCACCAGCCCUGAGAAAUAAGGAAGGGAAGGACUGAAGCACAUGUGUAUGUCUGCAUU